UCGACGUCUCCCUCCCCCGCACGGGCCAUGGCGUCGGCAGGAGCGGUGACGUCAGAAUGGAUCCAGUUCUUCAAAGAUGCAGGAAUUCCCGUGGGCCCAGCCGCCAACUAUGCCGUCACCUUCACGGACAACAGGAUCCAGAAAAGCAUGCUCAUGGACCUGUCCCGUGAAAUUCUGCACGAGAUGGGCAUCGCCGUGGUGGGCGAUGUCAUCGCCAUCCUCAAACAUGCCAAGGUGGCGCACCAGCAGGAGAUUGGCAAGGUGGCAGGAAUACAGACCAAGUCUAGCGGUGUGCUGUCGACAUCAUCUUCACUGAAACGAGCCCAAAUUUCUCCGGCCUCAAGGAUGAUCGCCAACAGCCUGAGCAGGGACUCCCCACCCAACACACCAACCCGUGCUGCAUCUCCUGAGGCCCCCAAGCUCUCCUUCACCGUAGCCAACAGGCUGGGAGCCCGUCCUAAACCUGUGUCUGAGCGGCUAGGCACGAGCGCGAGUGAGGCACAGCCCGAGGAGGUACCGGUGAAGCGGCGGCGCCGGGUCACGGCGGAGAUGGAGGGCAAGUACGUGGUGAACAUGCCCAAGGGCAUCACCUCGCGUACCAAGAAGAUCCUCGAGCAGCAGACGGCCAAGAAGAAACCCCUGGUGCGCAACUCUGUGUUUGAUCGAUUAGGAGCCGAAUCAAAACCCGACACCACAACCGGCACAAAGCCGACAGGGGUAUUCAGCCGGCUGGGGAAGGUGGUGGCAGAAGACAAGGCGUCAAGUGGAGGCAGCAGUGAAAGCCAGGACAACGACGACGAUACAGGCUCUGUGCUGCAGUACGCCGGUGUGCUCAAGCGGGCACGCCUCGGCAAAGCAACGCCACGACCCACAAGCUCUGCCUUCGUGCUGCGCGCCAGCAGACCACCUGUCGUCACUGCCAUAAAGCGCCUCGCCGUAACCCGCAGCGGCAGCAGCAGCGUGUCCAAAAGCAAGGCCGGCACGUCCGUCACCUUGGUGAAAAAACCCACCGUCGGCAUCCUGGCAGGGCCAUCACGAGAAGGGCUGAAGGAGCAGCAGCAGCAGCAGCAGCCGCCACGCAGACCCAAGGUGCUGGAGCGCCUGGGGAAGCACGUGGCCGAGGCUUCGAGCAGCGAGAGCCGCGUGUCGAGCAGCAGUGGCGUCGGCGCAAGAUUGGGCGGCACUGGCGCAAGAUUGGGCGGCACUGGCGCCGUGCAGGCCCGCGUGGGAAGUAAAGCCCUGACCGUGACCAUCAAGAGGACUGCACCAAGUGCGAGGGUCAGCAGCAGCAGCAGUGGCAACGGCCGCGGCCACAGUUCGCAGGGUGUCCUGGCGAGUGGCUGCGAUGACCGGGUGGUCAGUGUGUUUGAUCGUUUGGGUAACAAGACAGUUGCAUGAAAAUAGUGGGUGUCGGUGCAAGUCUUGUUACUAUUUAUGGACAUGUUUUACUCUCCAAUAAGAUAGUACUAAACUGCUGGGAUUGUAACAUUUUAGUUUUGUUUACAGCAUUUGAUACCAGACAUUUGUGAUCAUAGUUACCCAAAUUAUAUGAAUUGACAGUGGUCCUGCAGAAUAACAUUAGAAAGGGUUUUCAAUCACCGAAUAGCCGUAACUAAAGUUCCAUGAUCUAUUCCCCAGAUGGGACUUAUAAAUCCAGCCCAUAAAGAUGUUUUUGUUGAAGUAUGUAACACACGCCACAUUAAACUAAGCCUCUCAGCGGUAAUGGUUAUUUUAUGUGAAACUAAACAUUGCAAUGUUUUAUGCUUUAAUGUUUUGUAUUGAACAAAUCACCCAAACAACUUGCAAAUGUGAAUCAAGGUGUAUUUACACAGCACCAAAAUGUUCACAUUGAGACGUGUUUAACUGUUUUAUAAUGUCGUGUGAAAAUAAACCACAUCACAAUUA